CGUGUACGCACGAGAGCAAGCAGCAGUCAAGUGCUCAGUGCUCUAUCGUUUUUUCGAAAUUUUCUGCCGUAGUCUACCGUGAUUACCCGCGAGUUUGCUCCUGCAGCAUGCCAAAGGCCAGCCGUGGCCGUGGCAGUUCGAGUGCGGCCUCGAAAAACCCGCGAAGUUCGUCUACCGGCCGUGUACAAAAAGGUAAACAAACCAACGCCGUGUCGACCGCCAUCGCGCAGGGGAGCGUGAGCGCAAAAGGCAUCGACAAAAAGUUACUACACCCCGGAUAUGUUCCAAGAUCACCAGUGCGAACCCGUUCAGGUACUUCCGGUGCCACGACCAACACGUCAACAUCCGCCAACAUUCCCAUCAGGAACGAGUUCCAGAUGCUGAGCGACGACGAAGAAAACAUCAACAACACCGACGGUAGCAGCACUACCGACGACGACGAAUACGAUGGACGUGCACGGAAGAAAGUGUCGACGUCAAAAACGAACAAUUCUCCAAAGGAACGUAGACCACCUCCAAUCUAUGUUUUGGACACGUUGGCGGACGAUAUUGACGAGUUGCUGGAAGGCCUCGGAUAUUGUCUGAAAAUCGGUAAGUCGUCAGUGCAAGUCUACACAUUUGACAGCAAGAACUUCGACCUGGUUCGCAAUUCGCAAUUCGCAAUUUUCAGUGUAAGAACGGGCCUUGACCGAUCUUAUGCACCAGGUUCCCGACGAACACGCACUGCCCUUACACCUACAUCUCACCCUUGCUCUGAGUCAGUACGAGCAGCAUGCUAGAACACGCUUUGAGUGUUCGUGCCAGGCAUGCACACCUUCUUUUCCGGUUACGCAUUUUGACUCGGCCGGGGGUGGUA